AUGGAGCUGGUGGCAGCUUGGAAGCUUGCGGUUUGUGGAUGGAGUUGGGGCCUGCCUGGGAAGCUUUGCAGAGUUGUGGUUGCAUUGGCGGAGGAGGGUCAUGACUCGUCGGUUGAGCUCGCAACUCGCAAGCCCAUUAUUGUGGUGGGAACUGGAAAGACAAUCGCCCUGCUGCUGGCCUGGGUGAUGGAAAAUCUCAGGAAAAAAUAG